AUGUCAGACGGUACGAAAGCUCCAAGGAUAGCAAUCAGCUUCGGCGGCUCCUCAAGCUCAAAAAAUAACAAGAAACCCUCGCGCCCAGACCCACCUUCAUCACUCGGCAAACGGUCAAGAACGAAUGCGCUGAACAACUUUGACUCGGACUCGGACGGCGAGCGCGAUCAUGGCCGGGGACGACACGAAGCGAUUACAGAACUCGGCGGCGACUCUGAUCGGAAACGAGAAAAGAAGCCCCGCGAGCUGGUGAUUAAGAAGCAGAGCAAUCGCGACUGGAAGGCGGAAUUGCGCGGGCGCCGGGGAGGCAAGAAUCUGUUGCCUGCCGAGGUGCAGGCGCAGCGAGAGCAGGAACGGAACGGCGCGCAGCAGGAGGUAGAGAGAGAGCCCGCCGAUGCUGAGAAGCAGAUACAAUGGGGGUUGACCGUCAAGAAGCGCAAGACGAGCGAAGAGGCAACCACACCCAGAGAGCAGGGUGAGACAGCAGCAAACGACGACAACGACGGCCAGGACCGCGAUCGAUCACCAAAGGAGAAACGGGCACCUCGUACAGCGGACGAAGACGCCAUGGACGCCUUACUCGGAAACAAGCGCCAAGAGGAAGAAGACAUUGUCAUCCAGGCCACGGAGCAGGAUGCCUACCUCUCCGACAUCAAGCACGUGGGCGAGGACGCGACGCUCGCAGACUACGACGCGAUACCGGACGGCGAGUUCGGCGCGGCGCUGCUGCGCGGCAUGGGCUGGGACGGCAAGAUGCGCGGGCCCAAGAAGAAGCAGCCGACCGAGAGGCGGCAGAACCAGCUCGGCCUGGGGGCUAAGAAGCUCGAGGGCGCCGAGGACCUGGGGCAGUGGAACCACGGCGGGAAGAAGAAGAGCGGACGGCCGCGGCUGGACGAGUACCGUCGCGAGGAGGAGAAGAGGCGCAGCGAGCGCAAGGAGCGGAGGGGCGAGAGCUAUAGGGAUGAGAGGGAUCGUGAGCGGGAGAGGGACCGAGAUCGGGAUAGGUAUGGGGGUGGGCACCGUGAUAGGGAGAGAGAGCGGGAUAGGGAUAGAGAUCGGGAUUAUUACAGCUCCAGACAUCGGAGCGGCGACUCAAGACGAUGA